AUGGGGCAACCAGCUGUAAGAGUGGUAAAUGCCCCGGUGCUCCACGUCGAGGCAAGGCUGAGCGCGCCUGAUGGUGGCACUGUCAUGAGAACCGAUAUUGUGCGCGAUGAAGUUGCACAGUGGCUUACUGACAACUUUGCCGUGCUAAGCAUAGGGCAAGAGAUAAAAAACUUGGGCAACUUCAAAGGGUUUCAUUCGAUGUACCUUGACUCAAUCAAGGUGAUGGAAUGCUCAGGAAAACGGGAUGAAAGUGAGACCGUUCAUUUAAAUGACGUGAACCUUGACAUCCAGCCCUAUCAACUGCGUGCGAGCGAACCCGAGAGUCUGUCACAGAACCAUGGAGAUGAGAAACAAGAUGAGUCUUCUCCCCAAGCACGAGUGAUGUCAUUGCCGAACAAGGAACUAGACGGUAUCUGGGAAUCGCUCUUAUUCGACCAGCCAAUACACACAAACUUGCUGCAUGCGAUCAGCCGAAUGCUCGGGUUUUCAUGGCGUAAGCUUGAUCACAGGACAAUCACCUGGAACCGCCUUAUCCUUCUUUACGGGCCCCCGGGAACGGGUAAAACAAGCCUGUGCCGUUCGUUGGCCCAAAAAUUGUCAAUCCGUCUGGGGAGGCAGUUCCCUCACAGUAAAUUAGUCGAAAUCAACGCGUAUUCCCUAGGCAGCAAAUACUUCAGUGAGAGUGGGAAGCUAGUGGCUAAGAUGUUUGGUAUUGUCGAAAGCAUGUUAGAGAACGAGCCUGAUACGCUGGUCUCUGUCUUUAUUGACGAGGUUGAGACAAUGACCGCCCAGAGGGAACAAACAUUAAGUGGAAAUGAUCCUCUUGACGCAAUGAGAGCUGUUAAUUCCCUUCUCGUGUCCUUGGAUCGCCUAAGACAGUACCCUAAUGUUGUUGUAUUCUGCACAAGCAAUCUCCUUUCAGCUCUGGACUCAGCGUUCCUUGAUCGGGUUGAUAUCAAACAAUUGGUCCCACCGCCAUCAGAACUUGGGGUAUAUGAGAUCUUCAGAAGCUGCUUGGAGAGUCUAAGUAAAUGUGGAUUAGUAGAGGGAUUACGAUUCGAUGUGGUUCCGGUUGAUCCAACUAACACAACCACGGAACUUAAGUACGUUACCAAGUCUGCCGAGUUCCUCCUGUUACCCUCUUAUGGGGAGAUGCAGUUAUGGUAUCAACUGUUUCCAUCAUCCAUCCCAAAACAACUGGCUGAUAUUGCACGUAUGAGCGUAGGCCUCAGCGGUCGGUCACUGCGACGGAUUCCUGCAUUAUCCCUUGUCCUGUAUACCAGCUAUGAAGUCUGUCCUAUUGACCAAGCGAUAGCUGCGUUAAAACGUGGAGUCAAGGAGGAAUUGAAAGCGAAGCGGGAGGCAGGAGGAGAGCAUCAAAGCAGGGCAUAA